AAUAGCUGUAUGUACUUUGCAUCGCUUUGAAUGAAAUCUGUCAGAAACACAUUGAACAGUGUGUGUUUUAUAAGAAAACAGUGGAACAAGCAGAAAAAAUCCAACACUGAUCAUUCCACUCCAAAAUGGAGUAUCUACCGAAGCAGCUCUAGCUGAUGGCAGGUAGCCUGCCAGGAUGCUGCAUUAUUUCCCACAUGACAUGAAGCAUCAUCCAUUCGCUUGAUUAACCCAAAAGUUCUCCACUGCUGUUCCCUGUGAGCCAGCAGACGCAUGUCGCGGAUCAGGACCACACUAGACAGUGUCACCAAGGCAGUAGGCAGCACAGACCUCAUCUCCAGGUUCUCCCGCCUGAAGCCUGGUAGCUCUGCAGUCGACAGCACCAAUGUGGAGAAAGUUCUGGCCAAAGCCGAGACGUUAACCUCUAAUGGCACAGCUGCUUCCUCGCCACCUGAAACCACCAUGAAGGAAGAAGAAGAAGAAGGUGAGAAGAACACAGCAGAGGAAAAUGUGGACAAGCAACAGCAGCAAGUUACAGAAAAACCUUUUGUUGCCACCAAGAAGUCCACAUCCAGUUUAACUUCAGCAGCUAAUGUGUCUGCUCCGAUCUCUUCCUCAACUAUGGCGAAACAAACUAUGCAGCUGUUCCACCCGGCAGGUUCAACCAAUAUGGAUGAGACCUACAAAACUUUGGCCCAGCACAUUAACAGUUACUUUGGUAGCAACCCCCAGGGGGAAGAAGGUGACAAUAGGCCACAGCAGAAAAUAGAAGGGGACAGUCCAGUUUCUGAGCCCAUUCUCCGCACUGCUCCUCUGAAAACUGGGGACCACAUUCCUAUUUUGUCCCCAGUGGCAGAAGCUAAAAGUAUUGAAGCACCCACUACCUCUCCUGCCACUCCCCCUUCUUCUCCCUGUCCAUCAGAGCAGGUCACUCCCCCAGAAGGAAUGCCCUCUUCUGAUACCCCUGCAACAGAAAGUGCUGCUUCAUCUGUCCCUGUGCCUACUACUUCCCCUAAAAAAGGCUUCACCCACUACCUGUCCUAUCCUCGGCCCAGCGUUCAGGCAUUUGUCGGCAGCUACAUUGCGCCCCUGGUCCCCAAAUUCAGAGGUGAUUCCAAAAGCAUCACAGCUGAAAAGGACAAGUCCUCAGCAGCCACUGUGGAAGAGCCCACUGUGGAGAAGGCAGGAGAGAAGACAGAUAGUGAAGCGGAGAAAGUGGAAAAGGCGAAGCAACAACUGCUAGCUCAAAGAGAGAAGAUAAUUGCCAGGGUGAGUCUAGACAACAGGACCAGAGCCCUGGUGAAAGGCCUGCAGAGGGUCACUGAUGUCAGGCUCCUCACCAGUCGAGUGGAGGAACUCAGCUACCAUCUCUUAGAGUUCCCCGAGACACGAGGUGUGGCCAUCAAGGAAAGCGUACUGCCCUGUUUGUUGCGUUUGCGCCAGGCCAGAGACCUUCCUCUGCAGGCUGCUGUGAGAGAAGCACUGGCCGUGGUUGGUUAUACAGAGCCAGUCAAAGGAAGAGGAAUUCGGGUUCUGGCCAUAGACGGAGGAGGCACAAGAGGACUGCUGGCCCUACAGACUCUCCAUAAACUGCAGAACCUGACUGGAAAACGGGUCCACCAGCUCUUCGACUAUAUCUGCGGAGUUAGCACAGGUGCCAUCCUGGCCUUCAUGUUGGGGAUUUUUCAGAUCCCGCUAGAGGAGUGCGAGGAGAUGUACAGGAAGUUGGGGUCAGAUGUCUUCAAGCAAAAUGUCAUUGUUGGAACUGUCAAAAUGGGCUGGAGCCAUGCUUUCUAUGACAGUGAAAUCUGGGAAAACAUCCUCAAGGAACGCAUGGGCGAGGGACGCAUGAUUGAAAGUGCCAGGGACCCACACUGCCCUAAAGUGGCAGCAGUAAGCACAAUUGUGAACAGAGGUUUGCCUCUGAAGGCCUACGUGUGUAGGAACUACAGACUCAUGCCAGGAGUAAGAUCCCAUUACCUUGGAGACUGCACACACAAAAUGUGGGAGGCCAUCAGGGCCUCGUCUGCCGCCCCAGGCUACUUCCAGGAAUUUGUCAUGGGAAAAGACCUCCAUCAGGAUGGAGGACUCCUGAUAAACAACCCCACAGCAUUGGCCAUCCACGAGUGUAAGUGUCUGUGGCCCAACACCCCACUGCAGUGUGUGCUAUCUCUGGGCACCGGACGCUAUGAGACAGCGGGCAAGAACAGCACUGCAUACACAAGCCUCAAGGCCAAAAUCACCAACGUCAUCAGCAGUGCCACAGAUACAGAGGAGGUGCACACCAUGCUGGAUGCCCUCCUGCCCCCCGACACCUACUUCCGCUUCAACCCUUACAUGAGCGAGGACAUCCCGUUGAACGAGAGCCGCAUGGAGAAGCUCAACUUCCUCAAGGGCGAGGGCGAACGCUACCUGGAACGCAACGACUCCAAGCUGAGGAAGGCGGCGAGCGUGCUGGGCCAAGAGAAGAGCACUAUCCAGAAAGUGGCCGAGUGGGCCAAGCUCAAGGCCGACAUGUACGAGGGUCUCCCCUUUAUCUCCAAGCUGUAGUUGUUAGCCUGGCAACAGCGUGACCCAAGGUAAGAAGACCUGGAGUGUAAAAACUCCUGAGAAUUGCUUUAGUAAAUGUUGAAAAGACCUGGACACAGAUUUUUUUUUAAGCAUCUAAGGAGGUAAUUUCGAUGUGUUUACAUAGUUUGACUAUCUACAUAACACUAAAGACUGUUAGAGGAAACUUUGAUUAUUCAUUAAAAGAUGAAAAUUUGAUAGGUAAUAGUGUGAAAUUAAAUUAUAGAUGUGAUAUAAUAAUUGCUGUUUGGUACAGGGGAAUGCAUCUAAUGGAGACGGAGUGAUGCACUAUGAAAAGUAUUCAGCAGGUUUUGACUUAGUGAUGAAAUCAUUCACUUUAAUGAUUGGACUGAAGAGAUACAUGUGUACGUAUAUGUAUGAAUUUGAAGUUUUGGGCUGUUAGUGUGGAUUGGUUUCGGUUUCAAACAAGUGCACAUAGACGGUAGCUGUGGCACUAACAUGACCGUAUUAUAAAGACUUAAUAACAAUAUGAUUACUGGUUUUUUUGUAAAGACAUAAGAGUGUAAAUAAGAUGUUAAAAUUACAUUUCAUUCUCAAUAACUUGAAUACAUUAAGAUGUAACUACUACAUGACUGCACAGAUAACUUAAACAUGACUGCCUAUUUCUAAUACUGUACAGAAGAAAAGACAUCAUGCACUUUGUAGAAUAUGAUUCUUAGCGUCUCUGAUAAGAAACAAUGUAAAUAAUAUUUGAAGUAAUUAUGAAUUCUUUGAGUGCUCUUGAUAGAGAAUACUAAUGAAUUAUUUCACUGUUCUGUACAAGCAGAUACAGCAACACACGGAAACCUGAUAUACUUCCUCUGAUAACAAAUCGGAAUGUGAUCAUCCUCAUUGUAUAGCGCAUGUUUGAUUGUGUUGUUCUCAAAGAAAUGGAUUGUUGCCCAUUAGUUUGAGUGAAACUUUUGCCUUUAACCUUGCCCAAGCCUAAAUUCCUCAAUCCCCCACUAUUGUUGUUGUGCACUUAAUAAACCUGAGACUUUUUACAUUGUAAGUGUAGUAAUCCCGAUUGUCUUCAUUCCUCCCUUCUUUAAUACUCGGUGGCAUGCAAUGAGAAAAAAAUUGUCACGAAAUAAUAAAACUUGGUUUUCAAAAAUCUUGA